CUUUCUAGUUGUGGACCUGGUUCAAGCAUGUAGCUUCAUCAGGAGCUCUGUAAAUAAAGUUUACUGUUUCUAACAAGAAAUCUGUCUGGCACACCAAGCUCAUUACAAUUGGCGAUGAGGAUAAAUAGCUCCGACGCUAUACUUUGCCUCCUGAAUCACAUUGACCAGGCCCUCAGCUCUCUAUGGAGAUCCUUCGCACUCGUCUCAUUUCCACCUCUCUCCUCCGCGCCGCUUCGACCGGCGCUUUCCAGCUCAAGGAGCCGCUGAACUACCGGCACGGAGGCCGGGUACAGCCGGCCAGAGGGGAUGGGGACAGCAGGAUUGAGAAGGUGCACGAACCUGCCUCAGGUCGUGUGAUAUGUGACUUUGUUUGUUCAGGCCAACUGGAUGUAGAGCUUGCUGUGCAGAGUGCUAAGACAGCAUAUAGCACCUGGAGUCGACUGUCUGGGUUGGAAAGAAGCCGCAUCUUACUUGAGGCUGCAAGACUCAUAAGAGAACAGAGAGAAGACAUUGCAAUUGUAGAAUCCAUUAAUACUGGAAAGCCUAUCACUGAGUCCAGAGUUGAUGUGGAUACAGCAUGGCAGGCUGUGGAAUAUUAUGCUGGCAUUGCUGGAACUCUAGCCGGCCAACAUAUUCAACUCCCUGGAGGAUCAUUUGCUUAUACGAGGAGGGAGCCCCUUGGUGUGUGCGUGGGGAUUGGAGCCUGGAAUUACCCGUUCCAGAUAGCCUGCUGGAAGUCUGCCCCAGCCCUGGCUUGUGGCAAUGCGAUGAUUUUCAAGCCUUCACCUCUGACCCCUCUGACUGCGGUGAUGCUCGCCGAGAUCUAUACACAAGCUGGGGCACCAAAUGGGUUGUUCAAUGUGGUUCAAGGGGCAGUAGAGACAGGGGAACUUCUCUGUCGACACACGGGUGUGGCAAAAGUUUCUUUUACUGGUAGCGUACCUACUGGAAUCAAGAUCAUGGAAACAGCAGCAAAAGGUAUCAAACAUGUCACCUUGGAACUAGGAGGGAAAUCUCCACUUGUUAUUUUCUCUGACUGUGAUUUGGAAAAUGCUGUGAAAGGUGCAAUGCUGGCGAACUUCCUGAGUCAGGGAGAGGUGUGCAGCAAUGGCACCAGAGUGUUUAUACAGAAAGACAUAAUGUCGAAAUUUGUGGAAAGAGUGGUGGCAAAGACAAAAGCAAUAAAAGUUGGAGAUCCACUACUUGAAGAUACUCAAAUGGGAGGACUCAUCAAUCGCCCACACCUGGAUCGAGUGCUGUCCUAUGUAAAGCAGGCCAAGGAACAGGGUGCCACUGUUCUCUGUGGUGGAGAUCAGUUUGUUCCUGAUGAUCCAAAACUGAAAGAUGGAUAUUUCAUGAAGCCCUGUGUUCUAGGGAAUUGCAAGGAUGAAAUGACCUGUAUUAAGGAGGAGAUAUUUGGACCUGUUAUGUCGCUGCUGGCGUUCGAUACUGAGGAGGAGGUCAUAGAGAGAGCAAAUAACACCAACCUUGGUUUGGCAGCUGGAGUGUUCACCAGGGACCUUACUCGAGCUCAUCGGAUGGCAGCUGCUCUCGAGGCAGGGACGUGUUUUAUUAACAACUACAAUGUCUCCCCAGUUGAGAUACCAUUUGGAGGGUAUAAAAUGUCAGGAUUUGGAAAAGAGAAUGGAAUAGCAACAAUUGAAUAUUACACACAGCUAAAAAGCGUUUAUGUGGAAAUGGGAGAUCCACAAUGUUCUUUCUAAACUGCAACAAUCUUGUCUGAAUUCAGGCACAAACAAUCUGUUGUUUCAGGUUAGUUUGUAGCAGCUUAUUACCGCAAAGAAUGAAAGCUAUUUUGUCUUAAACUUUCCAAACUGUAUUUGUAGAGAUGCUAAUAUUCUGCAUUUAGUGAAGGCUUAGGGUCACUAUUCAAACUAUAUUGUUUGCCAGCAUUUGGAAAUACUGUGAAAUGAUUUUUGCUAUCCAUGUUACACUGCAUUUGCUAUGAAAAAUUUCAAAUGGAUUGUUUUUUUUUAAAUAAAAUUAUAAAC